AUGACGAACAAACAGGAUUCACAUAACACAUCAGAAAUAAAGCCUGCUAAUCAGGUAUCACAUGAGUCCCAGUGUGAACAACCUAAUAAUGUUACAGAGACUCCUGUACCAGAUUCAGGUUCAAUUUCUGUGUCAAGCAGUGACAACAGAAAAGUUUCACGUGAGGAUAUUGAACUUGUCCAGAAUUUGAUAGAACGAUGUCUACAGUUGUAUAUGAAUAGAGAUGAGGUUGUGAAGACCCUACUGAAUCGCGCCAGAAUAGAUCCCGGGUUCACAACAUUAGUGUGGCAGAAAUUAGAAGAAGAAAAUGCUGACUUUUUCCGGGCUUACUACAUAAGACUUAAACUGAAGAAACAAAUUAUCUUAUUCAAUUGCUUGCUUGAGCAUCAGCACCAUCUAAUGAAAUAUCCAGCGCCUCCGAAGGUUCGUUUGGCUCCUAUUCAGAAUGGAAUUCAUCCAAUGGCAGUCAACAACUUACCUAUGGGAUACCCUGUCAUACAGCAGCCUCCAGUUCCCGCUACAGGCCAACACCAUUUUGAUUCUACGGGGUAUUCCACAUCUAGCUGUCACAUUGUUAAUGGAGUUCCAGCACCAGGAAAUUUCUAUCCAAUUCGAAUGACGUCUGGGAAUGAUAUGAUGAUUGACACUGGUGCAGUUGAUGUAUCGCCCUCUAUGCCUCUAAAUAAUACGAUGGCAUCCAUGUCAGAUAUGACCGUAAGCCCCACAUCAGUAGCUUCCACAGGACAUUUCCCUUUCAGCGCAUCAGAGAUAUCUGGCAUGGGAGUUGACACAUCAACCCUUAACACGGCCUUCACGUCUGAUGUGGCAAGUUCAGUAGGACUACAGCUUCCACCCGAUAAUGGUGCUGGAAAUUCUAGAGAUUCCCUAAGAUCCUUGGCUCAGAUACCUUGGAACUUCAGUCUUUCAGACUUGACGGCAGAUCUAUCGAAUUUGGGAGAUCUAGGAGCUCUUGGAAACUAUCCUGGUUCCCCAUUUUUGCCUUCUGAUUCAGAUAUUCUACUCGAUUCUCCGGAGCAUGAUGAUAUUGUAGAGGAGUUCUUUGUUGAUUCUGUUCCUGGGCCGCCAUGCCCGACAUCGGACGAAGAGAAAUCCUAG